UUCAUUGAAUUGGCUUCAGUUUCUUUGAGGCUGAGAUUGCGUUUAGACUCAAUUGAAAAUGCGGUGUUUGUCAAUUGCGUUCGUGCUGGGUCUCCUGGCCUUGGCCAGUGCUUCGCCCUUGUUGCCUGGCGAUGUGAUCAUCAACGGACACUGUGUCAACUGCAAUGUUCACGGAGGCUGAGGGCUGUUGAAACGCAAUUCAACUAGGAUUUAAAUCUCGCCACAAACAAACAACUGAAUACUAUGUUAAUGCCUAAGUAAUUUGCAAAUAUAUAUAUAUAUAUAUAAAUAUUUAUAAAAACA